AUGUCCAUCUCCGUGGGGGUGGCGCUGCUCAGUGGGAGGUCCUCGAACUUUGAGGUCAGCCCCGACACUCGCCUGGAUGAGCUGAAGAGGCGUGCAGAGAGCGCGCUCGGGCUUCACGGCACCUUGCUUGCUCCCUCCGGGCGAAACCUCGACGGGCAAGGAACAGUCUCUGCUGCACAGCUUCAGACAGGGGACCAGCUCACUUUGCUCACAAGACCCGUGGCUCCAUUGGACGCUGGGAAGUUAGAGAAGCUAGGAAUACCGAAUCCGGAGUUGGGUCCUGGGAAGUCAGAGAAGCUAGGAAUGCCGAAUCCGGAGUUCCGGAAUGACGGCGGCGAGUUGGCAAAACUUUGGCGAUUCAGAGGUUCGAGGUUCGUGUACGUCACUCCGACGAUCACCUGGGUAGCGGGCGUGCACGUCGGGAUACGGAUCGACCUCUUCAACGCCACAGCGCUAAGUCUGCGCAAUGUGGGCAUCCAGUUGGGCGUGAGCCGCCCAACGCGGAUGGGCGAGCGCGUGGGCAAGGAGGGAAAGCCGUGGCAUUACCCCGAUGGCCUGUUAAAACCCUUGGGAAGCCCAAACAUUGAAGCCAUAACCAGCCGAAGUUCGGCGACCUUAUGGCGCGACCUGUAUCUCCACUUUCCACCGAAGCCCCUGAGCCUCGCGCUGACCCUGAGCUACACGAAGGUCCUCCUGGAAAGCUCCUCAGGUCUUACCCCCAUGAGUACUCCUGUGGCCAACUCGGCCGCCGAAGAUGUCUGGAGCGACGAUGAAGAAGGUGGAGAUCGAUUUCAUUUUGCCUGCUUUCCAGUGUCCAUGGGCCUGUCCACAUACUUCCGUCCCUUCCUGGGCUUCGACUUCCCCGAGAAAGUGCCGCUGCCACCCCCUCUGCUGCUGGCUUCUUGCAGCCAGAGCAAGACGCAGAGCGCCAAAGAUCUGCAGCUGCCAGAGGAUUGGACCCUGCGCGGUUUUCACUGCCUUUCUGGGCCGGGGGCUCGCUGCCUCGCCGGCAUCGCGUGCGACAACGAGACUCUGCUGUGCUUCAUCCUUCGGCAUUCCCGUGAUUCGCCGAGCUUGGAGAUCCGCUCCAACAACGAGUGGCUGAUUCAAGCGGUGUGCGACAACUUGAUGUUCUGGAUACUGGCUGACGCUUAG